UUUGAGGCACCGAGUGAAGUCAGGAGUACAACUGUUUUCCACGCUGAAACUAACUUUGAAUACACUGCUCUCCUGUUCACCGCCAGCGCUGACUGAAGCUGGCAGGCUCGAUUAAAGGAAGAGAAGUGAGGUUGUUAAAACAUUUUCACGCCAAUUUUUUUUUUUUCUUUUUUAUCUGUUUGGACAAAGAGGAUAUUGAGGAGGACGUGAAAGCUGCAACAAAGCCCCAACUAACUGCGCACUUUGGACGUUUAAACCUGAUUGAAAUGUUUGCGUUUCUGCGCCGGGUUGGAAUUAAAUAGUCCAUCUUAGCUGACACUUGAGCAGAAAUAAACUCUGAAAUUUCCUAUUUUGUGUAAGUGUGAGUGUGUGUCUGUGUGCUUUGGGGCAAGUGUGGGCAUCAUGGCUUUUCUUCACUUGCUCCUGUGCGCCGGGAUGUUAGCGCCGCCGACGUGCGGAUCCUUUUUCCGCGGACCUUUACAUCCGGAGAUGUCUAACGGCACUUUUCAUCACUACUUCGUACCGGACGGAGACUACGAGGAAAACGACGACCCGGAGAAAUGCCAGAUGCUUUUCAAAAUGACCGACGAGCGAAAGUGCGGUCUCGACGAGGACCAGGACGCGGUCAUACGGGACGAUUUCACCAUCAUCAAGAGGCAGAUCGAGGACUCGGCCAGGGUGCUGGAGGGGAUCGGGAAAAGCAUCUCGUACGACCUGGACGGAGAGGACAGCUACGGGAAGUACUUGCGGAGAGAGACGGCUCAGAUAAGCGAGGCGUUUACAAACUCGGAGAAAUCUCUGCUGGAGCUGGAGGUGAAAUUCAAGCAGAGCCAGGAGAGCGAGCUGAGGGAGGAGCACCGGCUCAACGACGACUUUCUGAACAUGAUAGUGCACACGCGGGACGUCCUGAAGGAGACGUUGGACAUUUCUCUGGGACUGAAGGACAAACACGAGCUCCUGUCCCUGAUCAUCCGCAGCCACGGUACGAGACUGAGCAGACUGAAGAACGAGUACAUGAAGUUCUGAGAGAAAAUAGUCCCUACAAGUCUCUCCACAGUACUAUCUGAGGUUUUAUUUUACAGGUCCGUUAUUUCCUAAUAAAUUAUUGAAAGUUCCCUGGAAAGAACCAUGUGGUUUUGUACUAAUAACAGGAAAAAUAGUGAGUCCUUGGUCUGCUGUGUUGAGUUUAUUAUUAACCUCCACAUGGAUGUCCACGAAAGAAAUUGCCCCAUUUAAAGCCCAGUGAAUAUUUAUUACUUCUUCAUUUAUUACUGGAAACUUUAUUCUUCAUAUAUGAUGAAUUGUAUGUUCAAGUGUAGACACAUUUGACAUGUUUAUCUCUCCUGCUAUUCUCUGAAUAAAAGUCUCAAGCUUAGGAUUGGGAAAUAAUUGGAAGUGUACCCACUGAUUUUACCUGCAAUUAGUACCAAAUUACAUGGUUCUGUCCCAGAAAACUUCUUAGGAGAUCUUUUUGAAAUAAAUUGGCAUUUACAGCCCGUAAAAUAAAACCUUACCCCAUUUUAUUUUUUUUUUUAAGUUUUAUGGUUGAGUGUGACCAUGAGGCAGAAGCAGGGGUGAAAAAUCCAUAUCAGGGAUAUAAAAUCAAAGUUUAAAUAUCAGUUCACCGGAAUUAUAUGAUAAAUAAGAAAGUGAAAGAAGUAAGUACAACCAUACAUUGAAAAUCAGACUCUCAAUUUUGUUAAUUUACUGUUACUUUUUUUUUCAUGAACUUUAAAUAGUAUAAAAAAAUAAAACCAAUUGUGGCAUGUGCAAAGGUUUUAGAACCGUUCUAAGUCAGUACUUAGUAACUCCCACUUUGCUGUUAAUCAUGGGGGUGGAAAUACUAUAUGUUGGGGUUAUGUGACAACCAGUGGCAUGGGAAACAUUGCACAGAUAGAAGGAUGAAUGGAUUCCACAAAAUGUCAGCAAAUUUCAGACACAAAUGUCCCUCAGUUGGCUAAGAAACUGAAAGUGAAAAUAGGCUUGACCACAGCACACUGAUCCAAAGCAGAUCUCAAAAGCCACCUUAAACUAACACAAGCUGAAGUUUUUGGAGCCUGAGCUGAACAUCAAGGAUGCAGAAUUGUUAAAUCAAGAAUAAAAACGAUUCUUAGCUGACUACAAAAAGCAUUCGCAAAUCGUGAUAUCUGCCAAAGGGGGAUUUUAAGUUUUAACUUCAGAUUUACACUCAAGAACAUUUUUAAAGUCAUAAAAUAAAAAGUAACAGUACAUUAACAUUUGAAGAAAGGAUGAUUUUUUAAUAUGUUUGUUGCUUGGGCUAUAUUUACUUCUUCAAAUAUCAACAAAUAUUCAAAUAUUCACUUCAAAUAUCAACAAAAUAGGUAUUUUGCCCAGGUUUUGUGAUGUCUGUCUCCAAAGCUGGAUCACCAGCCAGGCAUAGAGGGCAACUGCCCCAAGGCCCCAGACCCCCCGGAGGCCCUGAAAGGUUCUACGUUCACCGUAUUUCAAUUGGUAACUUGGUUAUUUGCAAAUUAUGUUACACGUCUUACAUCAGGGUCUCGCUUUGUUGGCCAUAUUCCUAAAUGAAGUGGUGCUCUGUCAAAUUACCACAAACAGUUUUUUUCUACCGUACGAGUUUUGGUUUCUGGUCACAUAAUGAAGCUUUUAUGUAUAGUCUUCUGUAUAGUCUGUAUUUGACUGGAACUUGAGGAUAUCACAGUGUGCAUGCUGCACAGAGCUGCUCAGAGUGCAUGAGCAGAUUUUUGCCCUGGGCUCAUAACAGUUUAAUGUGGCCAUGUCUGUGUGAAAUGUCUGGUACCAACCUUUGUACAGUGAAGGUGAACAUAAUUUUGUUUUGUGGCGCCCACAGCAUUUAGUAAUUACAUAUUUAAAAGUUCAACAGCAGUAUGUCUUUCCAGAAACAAUGUCAGAGCUACUCAGAAUAAUCCGCAGAGCAUGCUGUCAACAGAUUCCUGUUCAGUUUUACUGAAGAAACAGUCUCUGUGAAAGCUGUCAGCAUUUUGACAACACAGUCCCAACCCAAGGUCUACUUACCAUACAUUUCUGGAGCCUUGGAGUGUUGUGGACAAGAUUUGUGGAAAGUGAUGUUUCAAUUGAUUUUUUAAAAUAUUGAAUUUUUUUGUUGAGACAUAGAAAUCUCAGAACCUGGGCAUACAAGUAAUUUCAAAACCAUCUUCACUGCUAAGUGAGUAAGUGUUAAGUCAAUAUUAAGUUAGAAAAAUAUAUAUAUUAAUUUGGUUGAACUUAUGAUAUUGCCCACGAAUAUGAAAUGAAUAAAAUAAAAGAAAUUCCCUGUGUGUGUGUGUGUGUGUGUGUGUGUGUGUGUGUGUGUGUGUGUGUGUGUGUGUGUGUGUGUGUGUGUGUGUGUGAGUAUGUAUGUGUAAAACAAUGGCUUCAAACAUGAGUCAGCCAAUCAAAAAAGUGAGAACCGGGCCUAUCAGCUUUCAAAACAUAAGCACUGUAGUCUCCUGUCUGACUACAGUAUGAAGGGUUUUCAGAAACUCAUUCAGUCCCCUGUGAUAAAGAGGGUGAGUUUUGUAGAGAUUUAGCAGAUUCACUUGAGGACCAAGCAAAAAUUUUGGACACUUUGGACAGCUUAUCUGUCAGUGUCCAUAUUCUGUAUCAUAGUUCUAUACUGUCCAUGUGUUUGGUUUGAUUUUGACCUCAAAAAGUUGGAUACAUAAGCUUUGGAAAACUCUUCCUAUAGCAGUAAAGCAGUUGACAGAGUGAACCUCAUGUAGCAGCCUGGUUGAAAGCUCCAGAACAUGAGCAACUGUUAUCGCUGCUCUUCUCUGAUGCUCCAGAUGAAUGUUUCUAAGAAUAUAAGAAUGUUUACAUAUGGACACCUAUCUGUUGUAUCUCUUGCUUUAUAGGCUAGCAGACUUUGCACAAUUCUGUACUAUUAUGGUGCUAAAGGUUGUGACAUGGUUUAAAAUGCAAGGCCUUUUUACUGUGCUGUACUGCACAGGCAGUAUAAUCUUGUACAGUGUAUUAUUAGAAGUAAGUAAAUACUGUGAGUGCCAGUAUCUUUAUUACAGAACACAUUAAUAUGUAUUCAGUGUUUAUAUAAAGUUUUGAAAUAGAGCAGCAUAUAUCUAUUGUUGUUUACCUUUAAGAUAUAUGUGACGGAUAAGACUGCAGGCAGCACUCGUGGACUCCAAUGUUAAACACUAAUCUGCGUAACAACAUGCUUAACAGAUUGUGUUGUGUCUUCCCAAAUAAAGAGUUUGUGUUUGA